CAUUUUUGACAAGAGACAGUCCUCCAGGCGCCAGCUGUUUUAUGCCAAAUGUCAAAAUGUAAAAGUUUGUUUACACCUGCGGUUUACACUUACAAAAGUGGUGCAAAAGAAUUAUAAUUGGAUUCCACUAUAUUAAUUAAAUUAGAAAGAAUUAUGUGAGAUUCGAUUAAUGAUAGUGAGAAUUAUUCAAACCUACAUUUGCCGACAUGGACGACUACCUAACCAAUACGUUAAAUUUGCUGAAAUCCAAAAACUACGUAAACCUAACGAUAGUGCUCGGAAAUGAGAGUUGCGACCUAGAUUCGGCUGUCAGCGCGUUAGUUUACGCGAGUUUUUUACACUGGCAGCAUCAGAACAUGAAAUGUAGAGUGUGCACUAGGACCAAACGAGAUGACAGUUCGUAUAAGGACGAUAUAUUUGUUGCCAUGUUCGAUGUGGACCGGAAAGACUAUGCGCUAAAAACGGAGGUGGCGUUUUGUUUAAAAGAACAUGGUGUUAAUGAGAAGCUGCUGCUGUUUCGCGAUGACAUUGACAUAAAGUCGGUCGUGGCAGACGAAAAAACGAACAUAGUCCUCGUCGACCAUCACGUUCUAUCGAGGAAGUUUGAAUUUUUGGCGCCAAACGUGACAGAGAUUAUAGACCACCGGCCCAUUGACAAUAGUAAUUGGCGGUAUAGAGACGACGUUCGCUCGACCAUAGAGACGGUCGGGUCUUGUUGCACGCUAAUUGCACAGAGGAUACGGGAUUUGUGCGGACUUAUGGGGAAGGAGGGGUUUUUUGAAGAAUUUAGUGUGUGUACCGAUAUGCUGCAUGGUGUUAUAAUAUUAGAUACAGUGAACUUUUCAAAAGAUAUAAAGAAGGCGACCCCACAUGACGAGGAAAUUGUUACGUUUUUGGAGGGUAUUUUGAAACCGAAAGAUUUUGAAUUGGAAAGAAAAUUGAAGUUAGACUGUCUUGUAGCAUCAAGGUGCGAUGUUUCAUCGCUAAAUGCUGAGCAGUUACUGAGGAAAGAUAUGAAAAUAGUCGGCGACGUUUUUGUACCGAGCUUUCCCAUUCUUGUUGAGGAAUUCCUAAAGAAGCCCAAAGCGCUGGAAGCAGUUAGCGAAGCCCUAGGGCUUAAAGGGUGUUCCUUAGCCGUAUUACUUGGUAUGGAUCUAAAACAAGGGCUUAGAAGGGAUGGCGCUUUAUUUGGCGAAGAGAAUAAAAUAGAAUCUCUACUUAAAUUACUCCAAGAAUGGUCAAGUCCGUGCCUGCAGCUGUCGCCGGAAAAAAUGAACGGCUGUCUUUAUUUCAAGCAGUUGAAUUUAUCAGCUUCAAGGAAGCAAUAUAUAUCACCAAUUAAUGAAUUCUUGAAGACUUAUAAAGAAUAAUAUAUUAAAAACUAGUUUUUACCUGCGUCUUUACUC